CUCAUAGUACGGGUGUACCCGGGAAACCCAAGGCUUCCAAACUCGCUGCUGCUGAUAUGUUUGGCCCUCUCGUUUAAUCAAUGGCCGGGCCUGGGCCCCGUACGUACGUACACGUUCGUGGGCGAGCCGCACGCCAAGUCCCCGUUCCUCUGGUUUCUUGAGCCGAAUCCUUCGGAUAUAACACACCUUAGGUAGGUACCUAACAAUUACCGCAACCGGUCCUCUCUGUCUGUAAACUACGUUCAAACAUCAUUCAGAAUGGCAGCCCAGACGGCCGCAGACUUCCUCGACGACCCACGCUUCAACCGGGUCUUUGAGUACACCCCUCCCGGUACCACGUCCCCGCCCUUCAAGAUAAAAUACGCCGACUAUGGCUACCGCAACGAAGCCCACUCAGAGCAAGAGCGCAUCAUGUUUUUCUCGGGGCCCCUGAUGGCGUCUCGCCUGGUGCUGGCGACCAAGGACGAGCUGGCCAUCAAGCACAAAAUCCGGAUCAUCAGCGCCGACAGGCCUGGGAUGGGGGGCACCGACCCCGUCGCUCCAAAAGACAGGCUGACCCUCUGGCGUGACGCCAUCCCAGCCCUCCUCCAGCACCUGCACAUCCCCCACUUGCACGCAAUCAUCACCCACUCCGGCGGCACCGUCUACGCCCUAGACCUGGUCCUGCACCACCCCACCCUCCUACUCCCGAACCCUCCUAUCCCGCCCCCAUCUUCAACCCCCUCACCCCCAUCAUCAUCACCAUCACCCCCACCCCAAACCCAACAACCCACCACCACCCUCCUCGCCCUCGGCGCCCCCUGGAUCCUCCCCACCCACACCGCCUCCCUCCCCCUCUCCCUCCUACAAUCCCUUCCCCCCAGCCUGAUCAGCCACACCGACAAGCUGAUACGCCUCGUCGGCGGGCACAUCGCCCCUGCACUAGGCACGUCCGCCGGCGUGCUGAACCGCCUGGGGGGCGCGUCCGCGCUGUGGAGCGGCGCGACUUCUUCCCCAGCGGAUGGGGAGGAGGGUGCUGCUUCUGGGGAGGUGCGGGAGGAGGAGAGGGUGUGGCCGGGGGUGAUGAGGCGGGUUUACGAGGAGGGGGUGGCGGGGGUGUCGGAUGAGGCGUUGCUGUUGCUGCAGAGGGGCGCGGGGGCGGAGGGUGGGUGGGGGGAUUGGGGGGAUUAUGACGGGCUGGUGCCGCGGUUGGGGGAGGGGUUGAGGGCGGCGGGGCGGCGGGUGAGGAUGGAGGUGUUUUAUGCGGAGAGCGAUACGCUGACGGGGGAUGGCGGGGUGGUGUCGAAGGGGGGGAAGUGGUUUGAUGGGCUGUGGGAAGGGGGCGAGGGGGGUGUGGUGGAGUAUGGUAGCCGGACGGUUAAGGGGGCGGAUCAUGAUGGUAUUUGGUGGUUGAGGUGGGGGGCGGUGCAGCAGGUGUUUGAGGCGGUUGGAGAGACUGGGGGGAGGAACGAAUCUGGAGAUGUGUCACGGUAAGCUUACACGGGUUGGAUGGGACUGAUGGUGGCACGACUGAAUAUAGAGCAAGAUAAAACAUGGAAGGUGAUCAUUUAUUAGGACUACACUGCCUGGUAAUUUACCAUCCUCUUUUCUCCUUAACCCGCGUUAACUUCUCCCAAUACCGGGGUACAUGUACCUAGGUAAG